UUCUUUAUUUUUAUUUUAAAAUCCUGCUUUUGAAGGUAUGUAAUUUUGAUGAUUUUCCAAUGCAGUAGCGUCAGGCAUGGAUGAAGAUCAACACGCAAAUUCAGGUCCUUCUAACAAAUCACCAAAUCAAGUGCCCCAAAAGCAAAAAAAAAGCCAAGAGGCCCUACAAAAGGAAUAAAAUCCAUGCCCGGGGUUCCAAGAAUAAUUGAAUGGGAUCACUUGGACCGACCCACAGGGAAAUGGGCAACGGAUUACAAGAAUCACAUUGGCGAGAUAAGUCGCGCAAAGGUUUCAAUAUUGAUCAGAACCUGGGAAGAUGUUUCACAAGGAAUAAAAGACACUUUGUGGGAAGACGUCAAGAGAGAAUUUCAUAUCACAGAUGAAACUAAGAAAGAAGUUGUCUUAAAGAGUUGUGAUAAGCGUUGGAGGGAAUUCAAAUCAAGAUUGACGACUGGUUGGAUCCGGGGUACAAGAAAAAGGCCAAAAGAUGAAAAGAUGCCAUAUGAUUUGUAUAGUUAUAUAACUAAGGAUAUAUGGAAGGAAUUUGUGAAGAUACGUACCUCCGAAGAAGCUGAGGAAAUAAGUGAGAAAGCAAGACAAAGUCAAUCAUUCAACAUAUAUCCUCAUCAUAUGGGACAGAAAUCAUAUGCUGAAAUGACAAGUGAAUGGCAGAGAAAAGGGUACAUUCCCUCAGUUUCUUCGACAUCUGAAGGUUCCUCUGCGUCUACAAUUUCUUCAAGUUUGCCGAGUAGGACAUGUUUAUGGCUUCUUGCAAGAUCGGUACCAGAUGAGAAAGGAAAUCCUUACUUGCCGGAUCAGGGCACACAAAAGGUCAAAGAAAAUAUUGAUGAAUGGAAAAGGAAACAAGAUGAAGGGGAAUUUUUUCCCAAAAGUGCACGAGAUGAUGUCUUAUCUCGUGCACUUGGUAAGACUAAAGAAGGGAGACCACUAACAUUUGGUGGUGGAGUAGGCAUCAAAGUUGUGUGGGGGACCGGAGAGCGGCGUAGCUUUCGACGGUAUGGAGAUGCGGAGAUGGAGGAAAUGGAAGCAAGAGUGACCAAAAGGGUCAAAGAUGAGACAAUACAAGAGAUGAACUCCAAGAUGGAUGCCAUGGUCAUGGAGAAAUUUAUCACAUUUGCUAAAGAACUUGGUGUCCAAAUACCAAGCCAUAUGAGGAUAGACGCAAAUGUUCAUAGUAGUUGUCGUUCCGGGGGUUUAGAUCCAUUUGCCGACAUUACGGAACCUGUCCCGUGCCAUCUAUACCUGAACAUAGGCUCGGAGAAAGUCUUUGUUGCCUAUGGUACCAUAUGUCCAGAGUUGCUCCUUGAUCACCACAACGACGUCACGUCCGAUAACGUGAAAGUGAGCGUUGAUGAUUUUGAGCCCGCGUACAAAGAAGCUCCCGUCCCCGUGCCUUCUCAAUAUAUUAAGAAACUUGCUCAAGCUCAUGGUACCUUCACUCAGUGGCCAAAGCAGUUGGUGUCGCUUAUGAAUGAGGAGGUAACUAACAUAUGCAUGAUAAUUUGAAGUAGAACUAUUAUA